AUGGAUUUCCAGGAGAGGGACCCAAACAUCGAUCCUAGACUGUACCAGGAGUGGCCGUUUGACCCAAACAUCGACCCUAGCCUGGACCCCCAGCUUGGCCAACCGAUGGAUACUCCGUUGCCAAUCAAAGCCGAGGCCGAUGAGGCCAAGACUGGUAUUGCGACUGCUGUGCCUGAUGUGUCUGAUGUCUCUUCAUGGCCGCAUGGUGAUUGCUGGAAAAGCUCCCGUCCCAUCGAGCCUACUUUCUGGGCCCCCAAUGCCAAGCUUUGCGACUGCCCCGAGCACUCCGAAACUACUUGGCCAGCCGAGCAUGCUAUUCUUGUAUUCAUUCCGGACUGUGCAAAGCGAUGCCCUUACUGCCCGUGGAAAACCCAAAAGUCGGCAAAGGUUGGAAACCCGGCUCCGAUGUUGCGUCGACACAUACGCCAGUACCAUCUGAAGCAUGGCAAUUCCUAUCCCGGUAUUACCGUUGAUCCGAUACGUGUAUCUACGUACAGGGAGUACGUCUGUUACGAACUCACCCAAGGCAGUCGCCCUACACUCGAGACGAAUACCGAGCAGACACAGGAAGAAUCAUGUGUGAGGCGAAGAUGGGAUAUCUGUAACUAG